GAUCUCCAGCAUUCUUCCAAAAGGUAGACAUUCAAUUGGUUCUUUUUCCUCUUUCUCGCACAGAUCUCGCGCGAAAAUCCAUUUGAUUUUCCUAAUUCUUCUUGGCGGAAUGAAAGGCAAGGCUGCUGCGAGGCUGCUGGUGCGGGCAAUUGAGCUUAGAUCCGGCCUAACUCCAAGUUCUUCGUCCCGCCAUUUCUCCUCUGGAUCUCGCAGUUUCUUCCUGGACAAGCUCGCGAGGCCGGUCCCGCACCAGAUUUCUCGCUGUGGGUCAUCGCGAUUCAGCAGCAGCGCCGCUGCCCACGUCGUGAACAGCCAAAAUUCUCCCACAGAUCACGAGAAUCACAAGAACGACGACCAGCAAUUUUCUAACUACUGGGGAAUUAUCACCAAGAAAACUCUCCGGGAAGACGGUACUCCCUGGCCGUGGAACUGCUUCAAGCCUUCCGACAGCUAUGUCUCCGACACGAGCAUCGAUGUGAAGAAACACCACAUUCCCGACGCCGUGGUUGACAAGGUCGCCCUCAAAACCGUGAAGUUCCUCCGCGCUUUGUCAGACCUCUUCUUCCAGGAACGCCAUGGCUGUCACGCCGUGCUAUUGGAAACAGUGGCAGCAGUCCCAGGCAUGGUUGGAGGGAUGCUGCUCCACUGCAAAUCCCUGCGCAAAUUCGAGCACAGUGGCGGCUGGAUCAAAGCUCUCCUCGAGGAGGCCGAGAACGAGCGAAUGCAUCUCAUGACUUUCAUGGAGGUUUUCCAGCCCAAGUGGUACGAGCGCGCUCUCGUGUUGGCGGUCCAGGGCGUCUUCUUCAAUGGCUACUUCGCGCUCUACUUGAUCUUCCCGCGCCUCGCGCAUCGAUUCGUGGGCUACCUGGAGGAAGAAGCGGUGGCCUCCUACACGGAGUUCCUCGCUGCUUUGGACAAGGGAAGCAUGCCAAACACUCCCGCCCCCGCCAUCGCUAUCGAUUACUGGAGGCUCCCCAGCGAUGCGACGUUGCGAGACGUGGUGUUCGUGGUCCGGGCGGACGAAGCUCACCACAGAGACGUGAACCAUUUCGCUGCGGACGCUCACUUGCAAGGGAAGGAGCUCAAAGACUCGCCGGCUCCAAUUGGAUACCACUAGAACUCUAGGAGCCGUUAGAUUGGAAUAAUCUCUCCUUUACAAAUCAGGGCCGUUGGAUUAACCUUUAAUGUAAUUUUUUAGAAGCUAUACGAAUAUACUCGAAAUAUUUUUGCA